CGUGUUCUACUAAGGCUGAUGGCAGCUCUAGCUACACACCUUUCCUGCCACAGAGGCAUUAAGUGUUGUGGCAGAUACCUUCCACAGCCUAGGCUUUCCUGGAUGUAUUCACAGAAGAUACAGGAACAUGGUGCACCAGCUAAGAGACCCCCCAGCUACCCUCUAUGGAUGUGUGUGUGUCUUGUUAACUGCUUCUAAAUGCAGACACAUUAAAUCCCUGGUAACCAAAGCAACACCCUGUGCUCCCCAAAAAGAGUACCUCUUCCUUCACCACACAGUUUGUUUGCACUGCAAACUCAUCUGAGCAGCAGUCAGGACCUACACAUUUUCUGAGCACAGGGCAAGUUUGUGACAGUACACACAAAUAACUCACCAGGUGCCCUGCUCUCUACCCAGCCAUGAGUGUGGCCACCCAAGCAGCAUGUGGCCUUUGCUCUCAGAAGAUGGUACAGCAGCAGCAGGGAGCCAGCCAUGUGCCUGCUGCCAGCAUAGAGCAGCAUAAACCCUUGUCCUCCAAGGGAAUAGAAAUGUGUCUUCCUUAUCCAAGUUUCUUCCUGAGAUGUUGGUCUUGCCUCCCCAUGAGGAAGCACACACUCUUGACUGAGCCAUCCACCUGCCAUCACCUUGUGGUGAUGGAUACUUAAGAACAAUUAGGAGCUCCCUUCCCUCCCCUCCCCAGCCCUCCCUCAUAUCCCCUACCAUCGCUUCCCCCUGCCUUCUUUUCUUCUAGUUCAAUUUCACCUGGAUGGUUCCUUUCCUCUAGCACUCCUUAGAGCACAAUCUUCAGCUACACCAUUCAGCUACCACCACUAUUACUCUUUCUAUUUCAUUCCAUCUUCUUUUAUCAUCUCUCUGUCCCACAUCAUCUCUCUCUUUCCCAGUCUGCUGAUGCCAAGAGCUGAGAGAGCUACUGGGAGGUGGAGGUGAGGCAGAGUGGGGGCAGACAGGGUUCUGCAGCCAGGGCAGAACUCGGUUCAUGUUAUAUUGUUUGGAGCUGAUGUCCCUUGGGGUUUGUCUGUGUCAAUAGGCUGCAGCGUGAGUAUUUACUGUGAACUAUUCUCCCUAGGAAGAGUUCAACGAUAUUUGUUUUUUAAUCUUUAUGUAAUGCUGUCCAAGUAAAUGUGUAAACAGGAUUCAUCUAUUUAAAAUAGCUAAAACUCCUGUGUGCAUAUUUGGUCUUUGUUACAAAUGUGGUGUGUAAAUCAGUGGGGAAUUGGGCCAGGGUAACUGGAAAUAAGCUCUGUCUCCGUAAAGAGUUUAACUGAUUUAGCUACUUGAGCUUAACCAGGUCUUUUAAAUGAGACUAGGUAAACUAGGACGACACAUGUGAAAAUUGCUAAUGUGCCUCAUCUUUAAAAAUGCAAUAUAAUCUUAAAAAUAAUAGGUAAGACACCUUUUCUUAUAAAUAAUUUUUAAGGCCAGACUCAUUGGUGCAGUCACUGUGUUUACGUCACUUUAGGGCAGCUGAAAAUGGCUGAAGGAUGCUGGGCAGCAAUGGGAUGCCAAACUUGGUUUGUGUCAAAGAAGAACCGAUUUGCUGGUCACCUCCUCUGCUUUGUGCACCUCCCAAUCUUCCCAUGCACACAAGGCUCCCUUUCAUGUACAGUUGCAGCUGUUUUAUUCUGUCUCCUCUCUGCUAAUCCCCUGGUUCUGCAAGAAUGGGCAGGGCUGAGUCACGCAAAGCAAGGCUGAGCUGGAGAGAAGACAUCUGAAUCCGGAACUGCUGUCCAAGGCUCUCUCAUUCAGCUGGUGCCUCACCCAGCAGGAUCCAAAAAUAUUGACAUGCUCUUCCCCUGCCCUUUUCUUUGGCACCAGUGUAAGAAUUCAAGGUGGUUCAACUUCUCUGGUCAAGGUUCUCUCCUGGCAGAUAAAAAGUGCUGCUUUUUCUGAGGAGAAGGCUGAGCACAUUGUCCACUGGCACCUGGUGUACAAAGGAAAGAGAGGCUGUAGCAGCACCUCCUUUUCACAUAUCUCAGAAAAAGCAAAUGAGGCUCAUUAGGUCCUAAACUUGCUAGAAGAAAGACUUCCAGCUUAUGCGAAUGGCCAAAGGCACCUGCAGGCAGACCUGAGCCAUCUCAAGCUCUGGACAGGAGCAGGAUUUCCAGCAUGCUGCCUCUGAUACCUCUCAGCAACUUCCCACUGAGCAUUUGGAUUUUUUGAGAUCUGUUUCUGGAUGCUUUAGAAGAAGAACCAGACAUCAGGCUUUAGGAGCAGUGGGAAAGGGAAGAGGAAAAAGAUCACAACAGAUGAUGCUGUGAAAUGGGAAAGUAGAUGGCAAUUAGCUGGGACAAUUCCACUUCACUUCUGUCUCCAUGAAAAUUAAGUCCUCUUUCUCCCUGGUUGAUAAUCAUCAAGGCUCCUUAUACCACACUCCCAUUCAAGUGGAAUUCAAGAAAUCCCCUUCAAUUGCAGAAAUCCAGACUCCAUAGUUCCAGCUUUCAGUUAAAGCCAGCAAAAGAAGAUGCUGGAGAGAAUGUCAUGGUUAUAAUUGUGAAGGAAAUAUUUCAAGGAGGAAAGCAGUCUUAAGAAACUCAGAGACAUCUGCUGGAGCUGAAAUAAUUGAGGUGGAAAUUGCACUGCUGAGCUGACUUGUGGUGGCUUCAUUUACACCUGUGUUGAGUAACAUGACAUUGAAAUCUGGUUUGAAGGAAAGGCAAUGCCACAUCAUAAAAAUAGGUAUGAUGUUUAUUUUGUGAUUUGGGAAGAAACAGCUUUUAACUCAUCUCUGUUUUUCCUAUGGCACUGAAGCUGGGGGACGGAGGAUAGGAAGUCAGAUGGAGCUGAUCAGACAUAUGAAACCCACCAAAGGGCAGCCAGACAAAUUGCAGCCUUUGAUCAAGCUGCUCUAUAGGUUUGUUGUAUAAGACAACACAAACAUCUUCAGCCAGGAAUGUCUGCAGAGGCCACUAAUUUGCAAGUCCUGUAUGUGGACGUCUAGAGCAAUACACCUGGAGCCAGAUUUGAAGAGACGUGGAGGUGAGAUGAAGGUCAGUAGGUGCCCAGGACUGCAGGCAUUUGGAACAUCACAGAGCUGAAAUAGCUUGUUCUAUUUUUCUAUCCGAUUUUUCCAAACUAUACAAUGAUCUAAAACAUCCUCUUAGCCUCUUCGGCCCUUUCACAUCAGCAUGUUUUACAGAACUGAGGAAAUGCCCAUACAUUUGGAUUGUUCUGCCAUUGCUUGGGGGCUCGUGGGGAAACAAAAGGGGAGGCUGGAUUUAAAGCCCCCCGUGGUGCUCAAGAGGUAAAACUAAGAUUGCACUACUCUUCACCUCUGGCAUUUCCAAACUUUCAAAUGUUUCACAUGUCAAUAGGAACAGACUUAAUUGGAUUUUUUCCCUAUAGUCUGCAGUAGGCUUUAUACCAACAGAAUAACCUGAACCCAUAAUUAUUUUGCUUGAUAUUGCAUACUAAUAAAAUAUAGCACAACUCAUAUUUGUUUCAAAUGAACACAAGUUGUGCAACCAGUGAGCAAAAUAUAGAGAGGUAAUCCAGUGCCAGACCCUCUAAUGUCGUGCUGCUUCAUCACUGUGCAGCUCUCUUCUUUGAGAUACCCAGCAGACUCCAGGUCUGUGCGUGUUCUGUCCUCUGCUUUCCUGUCUCCUCCAGGUCCAAGGGGAUUUGGGGAGGCAGAAGAAGGAGCCCUGUUAGUUCUCUUUGUUUAGACCCAAAUUUCUUGCAGAGAUAACAGUGUCUGCAGUGAUUUCCAGAGGCCUUCACAUGGAGGCCUUCCUCUCUGUUCCAGUAAUAAUAAACCCUGCUGGCAGACUGACAGCCCAGCAGAUAAGACUAAGGAAUAAUAGCACAUUGCACACUUUGAUGGACUUCAAGGAUGUGCAAGAAGACACUGAGACAACUGGGUGUGCUCAGUCCUGAGAAGGCUAAAGGUAGGUAGAGAGGGGACCCUACAUCCCUAUCUUUUACUGCUCAGAGGGAACAGCGAAGAUGCUGCUCCACUUCUCAGAUAUGUGCAUUUAAAGGGUGAAAGGUAACAGGCACAAGUUAUAAUGAAGAAAAUUCCAGUUAUAAAUUAGAGGGAAAAAAUACACCAUGAGGGUGGUCAGGCACUGCAACACAGGGUUUGUGAAAUCCCAUCCUUAGAGAUGGAGACUGGGCAAGGUCCUGAGCAACCUCAUCUAGUCCGGUGCUCCUUUGAAAAGAGGUUGGGUCAGAGACCUCCAGAGGUUCCUUGCAAUCUAAAUUGUUGGAAGACAUCACAGAUCCAUAAAAUAGGAGCCACACAUCAGAUCUAUACCUUGCCAUAUCAGUAUAUUACCAUGAUCAGCUCCCAUGGAGCUGCAGAGGCAGCACUGAUACCUCUGUGAAAGAGGCUGCAGAAAGCAUUUUCUCAGGGAAGAGGGAAGUUAUUUGGUGAGUGAGCUUAAAAUAAGAGCUCAUGGGUUUCGACCAGACUGACAGUCUGUUGAACAAGCCUAUCCUACAACUUUUCAGAGACUUUGGAGGUUUUUUAUGGUCUGGAUUAAGCCUGUGCCAAUGCAUACCAGAGUCUCUUGCCCCCUUUCUACACUCUGUCCUGCUUUCUGUGUUUGAUUGCAGUGAAUAUCUCUCAUGCAAAUUCAAGCCAGGUCAAAUAUUUUUUUAAAAAAACUGUGUCUGCAGAGAUUGUAAACAUGUGGGUUAAGGACUAAUCAAACCCUGCUGCCUCCCACCAUCCCUGGAGGAUGUAGUAGGGAUGGGGAAUCACUCUAUUUACAAGGGUAGUUUAUCUACAAAAUGGAUCAAAAUUUAAACAUUUUCCUUUGACACAUGCUGCAAAUUUCUAUAGCCUUUAAAUAUAUACUUUCCUUAUCCAUUUCAAUGGAGGAAAUGCAGUUCUGCCUAAAACUAAAGGCAAAAUGAGACUAAAUGUGUUUUUAGUUAAUUGCCCAACUCAUGUGCUGUCUAGUAUAGAAAGGUUUACUUCAAGUAAGCCUUUCUGAUCUUGAAGAUCGUGUAAUAAAAGUUUACAAUCACUUUCUUGCUUCUACCAGAAUAAUUUUAGUACUACUGAAAUAGGAGAUAUUUUCUGUGUCAAGUUUGUAUACACAAAAACAUGGAGGCCUCUUAGGGUGGUUAUCUUCAUACCUUGGUUAAAGUGUCUUAUAAUUGUUCCCCACUGUGUUUAUUCAGAAUUUGAUUCAGCACCGCUGCCCAAAAGUUAAUAAUUUAAAUCUUGUUACCUCUUGUCAAUGAGCAACCAGGAGGGAGAGGAAAGUGCAUCCCGGAGGGAACAGUGCCUCCCUCUCUGAAGGGGAAAUGUUUCCUUUGAGUAAAUCUAGAUCUCACAGUACACCUUCUUUUCCACAGCAGCCAGAAUCUAAGCAUUUUGAGCUUAUAUGCAUGUCAUAGUAAGAAAAACCUACAUUUUUCACAUGAGAAGCACAUGAUUUCUUGUGGUUUUUGGUCACAAUUAGCCUACAUUUAGAAGGCAAAAGAUCCAGCUUAAUAAUGAGCAUGCCUUCACUUUUCCCUGCCUCAGUUCUCAUCAGUCUGGACAACAGGGCAGACUCCAGAAACAUCUUUCCUGAACAAGACUCUUUUUCUGGACAAAAGGAUCUGUCCUUUUCUUUUUACUCCUGGAUAGCUGCUUUUGCCUGUUUGCACAAUUAAGCAGUAUCGCCCUUUGUAAAAGUGUAAUGUUUUAUCCUACCUAAAACUUCUGUGCUAUGCAAUUUUAGUGCAUUUAUUUAUUCCAGUGCCAGGAUUCAGUUUGUUCUCAGUUUUCCCAUCCCUAUUUCUCUCUCACUGUCUUCUCAUCUCCACUACACCACCCCUACCCCCAAUCACUUUUCUUCCUUUUGGCAAGGCCAAGAAAAUCUGUCCUCCUGACACCAGCCAUCCAUCACCCAGAAGUAUCUCUGCCACCAGUAAGCACCAAUAAAGCCAGAGGAUCAACACUCUUCCUGGACCAGCAGAUUAGGAACAUGGUGUAAUGGGAGACAGUGGAUCACACAUGUAUGAAGGCAGGAGGUGAACCGGCCUGUCUAAUCUCCAGGGAAAGCCAGUCUGCCACUCAGGAGCAAGCCCAAGCAAUGUCACUGGCUGGGGUAAGCUGUCUGGUGACAGGAGCUGGAGGGUUUCUGGGCCAGAGGAUUGUCUGUUUGCUGUUGGAGGAAGAGGAGGCACUGGCUGAGCUCCGACUGCUGGACAAAGCCUUUAGCAAUGAAGCACUCAGGAGAUUUGGAAAGUUCCAAGGCAAGACUGAAGUUAAAAUCCUGGAAGGAGACAUCCGAGAUGUGACACUCCUGCACCGUGCCUGUCAGGGGGUCUCCCUUGUCAUCCACACAGCUUCCAUCAUUGACACUUUGGGACUUGUGGAGAAGCAGCUGCUCUGGGAAGUCAAUGUAACAGGCACUCAGCUACUGCUGGAGGCAUGUGUCCGCUGUAAUGUCCAGCACUUCAUAUAUACCAGCACCAUAGAAGUGACAGGCCCAAACUGCAAAGGUGACCCCAUUUUCAAUGGUGAUGAAGAUACAGCUUAUGAGAGUGUAUCGAAAUUUCCGUACGCCCAGAGUAAGAGACUGGCAGAGGACUCUGUGCUGAAAGCAGAUGGCCAGGUGUUAAAGGAUGGUGGCAUGCUGAUGACCUGUGCCCUGAGAUCCAUGUACAUUUUUGGAGAAGGAUGCCCAUUUCUCCAAGGUCACCUGGAUAAGUGCCUGAUGAACAAAAAUGUCUACCUGCGCUUCUCCAGGAAGGAGGCUUUGGUAAACCCUGUGUAUGUGGGGAACAUCGCCUGGGCACACGUGCAAGCAGCUAAAGCCCUGCAGGUCCCACAGAAAGCCAAGCACAUCAGGGGCCAGUUCUACUACAUCUCAGAUGACACCCCUCAUAUGAGCUACGCUGAUCUGAAUUAUGAGCUGACCAGGGACCUGGGGUUUGGAAUCGAGCCCCGGCUCCCCAUGCCUCUGACAAUGUUGUAUUACUUCUCGCUGCUGCUGGAGGUUGUGAGCUUCUUGCUCAGGCCCUUCAUCCGAUACAUCCCCUCCACCAACCGCCACCUGGUCACCCUACUAAAUACCCCAUUCACCUUCUCUUAUAGAAAAGCACAGAGGGAUUUUGGCUACGUGCCCCGCUACACGUGGGAAGAGGCCAAGCGCUGCACCGGGCAGUGGAUGGCAUCCUUGGUCCCACAGAGAAGGGAGUACUUGCAAAGCAAGGCUGCCUAAGUCUGAAGAGAAGCCGAGACCCGGCUAAACAAGUAGGGCCUUGAGCCAGAAGAGAGCUGGGUGAACACCAGCAGCAGGUAUCUACAAAGCACUUAAAUGAAGAUUUUGUGUAACCGCCCCCUCACCCCUCACUGCCUCGACCCAGAAUGAUUAAAAGUGAAAUGUUCA